AGCUGGUGGGUUGUAGGAUUCUGGGAAUAUCUUAUUUAUUAUAGAAGCGCAUCCGCUACCAUCAAUUGCCAAGUUUGUAAUCAUGUAGUUCCGCUGCAAAACCGACACAAGCAGCUUGUAGUUCGCUGUCCGAAUUGUACAGAAGCGACGCCUAUAAAAGGGCCACCUGCGGGGAAGCAGUAUGUGCGCUGUCCCUGCAAUUGCCUACUGAUUUGCAGUGCUUCAACAACUCGAGUGGGAUGUCCUCGCCCGGAAUGCCAAAAAGUCAUCGUAUUGUUUCACGCUCCUCUUACGAGUACGGAUAUUUUUAGUCGCAAGCCAUCAUUCCACUAUUGCGCUAGCCGACUCUGUCGUUCAUAUUCUACGGUAGCUUCGCAAAUUGAAUUACUGACCGCUUCUUGA